GCGCCGCCAUCUUGUUGUUGAUUCGAACGGCGGGGAGCGGGCGGCGGGGAGUGGAGUGGCGGCGCGGGCGGCUCGGUGUCGCCAGCCCCCGGCCGGGCAGGCAGGACCCGCCCCGGAGCAGCUCUCAGGAAGGAACUCGGCAGACCACGGUGCUACCAUGAAGCCAACAUGAUCAUCGUAAGGAAGCCGGUUGCUGGGAUUUCCCCCCUGUGGCUGCCUGACCGCUGCUGAGCUGCCCCUCCCAGCCCAUGUGGCUCUCCCCAUGUUCCAAGAGUGCAACUGGUGCCCAACGCAAUGUGUGUUUGUCAAACCAUGGAAGUGGGCAAGUAUGGCAAGAAUGCCACUCGAUCUGGAGACAGGGGGGUCCUGCUGGAGCCUUUCAUUCACCAGGUGGGCGGCCACAGCAGCAUGAUGCGCUACGACGACCAUACUGUCUGCAAACCCCUCAUUACCAGAGAGCAGCGCUUCUACGAAUCUCUGCCCCCAGAAAUGAAGGAGUUCACACCCGAGUACAAAGGUGUGGUAUCUGUCUGUUUUGAGGGAGACAGCGAUGGGUACAUUAACCUGGUGGCCUAUCCCUACGUGGAGAGCGAGGCACUGGAGCAGGAUGAUAUGCCAGAGAGGGACCAGCCACGACGCAAGCACUCGCGUCGGAGCCUUCACAGAUCAAGCAGCGGCACAGAGCACAAGGAGGAAAAGCCUGGCCUGGCCAGUGACAGCACUGAAAGGAUAACCCAUGGCAGUUUAUUGGAUGUGGAACCAAAGCCUGUGGAGCAGUUUCAAACACUCUUCAGUCCACCUGAUUAUUAA